AUGCCUCGUUUAAUCGAACUUGAUCUUUCAUUCAAUACAAUUGAUCAUUUGGCUGAAGAUGCAUUUUCAAAAUGUCCCAAACUACGCCAACUUGAUCUAUCUGGCAAUUAUUUAACAAAUUUUAAUGGAGCAAUUCAACAAUUGCAAAGUCUUAAACGUCUUAAUUCAAGUUACAAUAUGAUUCAAUUGUUACAAUGGGAUGAAUUCCCGGCAACGAUGACACAUCUUGAAAUGAGUAAUAAUCAAAUUAACCUAUUGAGUAGUACUCAACGAUCAAGGAUACGUUAUGUACAAUUACAACGAAAUCGUAUUAUGGCUUUAACAGAUGAGCAAAUUCCGAACACAGUGGAAUACCUAAAUUUAAGCGAUAAUUUGAUUCAUACAAUUGGUAAUGGUACUUUUCGAAAUAAACAAUUCCUUAACAGUUUGGAUUUACGAAGAAAUCAAUUAUCCACCUUAGAGAUAGCAGCAUUUAUGGUGGAUACUUUAACAACCGGUCAUCCGGUACAACUAUUUGUUGCUGAUAAUCCGUUAGAUUGCAGCUGUGAAAUGGAUUGGAUUCGUAACAGUAAAGAUGAAAAAUCUCUUAUCGAUAUUGUUGAUGAUAAUCGUGCUGUUUGUUUACAUCGAAUUCAUAAUCGACAAAUUUUAUUGUCAGAAGUUAGCAAGGAUGAUUUGCUAUGCAACUAUAAACAAGUCUGUGAGCCAAACUGCAUAUGUUGUCAGUACGGUAACUGUGAUUGCAAAUCGAAAUGUCCUGAUGGUUGUCACUGUUAUUAUGAUGCCACAUAUUCUACAAAUAUUGUACGAUGCUUAGCAUUGGAACCAGAGGAUCGUAAGAACUUCUCACCAAAAGAUAUACCAAUGUAUGCUACACAUAUUUACCUGGAACAUAUGGAGAUUCCUGUAGUUCGAAGUCAUGAUUUCCUGGGACGUACACGUCUUCUGUACCUCCAUCUUAAUCACUCAUCAAUACGUGAAAUACAACCGUUGGCAUUCAAUACAUUACCUUCAUUACAGCUUUUGGAUCUUUCCGGAAAUUAUCUGAUGCGAUUGACAGGUGAUGAACUGUAUCGAACGAAUAAAAUAACAACCUUAUUGCUCCAUAACAAUCAUUUAAUAUCAGUUGGAGAUCGACUCAACGAAGUGAUGCCACAACUAAAGACCAUUACUUUACAUAAUAAUAAACUACAGGUAUUAUUAAUUGCUUUAGAAUAUUUAAAAAAAAAAAUUAAUUAA